AUGGACAAAUUAAUUACAAACGAUAUUUGUGUAAAAAUUGUACAACAAUGUGAUCCAGACAAUAUCAAUGUCCUGAACAAUAAUAUACAAAUCGAAAAAAUUCAUAUAAGAAAAUUUAGUGAUGAACAAAAAGGUUUUAUGGGUGAACAUUUUCAUUUAGAAAUUUUUACAAACGAUAAAAAAAGUUAUACAUUUUUUAUUAAAUCGAAACCGAUAUCAUUACCAAGUUUUGAAGCAUAUGUGAAUGAACUUGGAAUAUUUAAGAAAGAAAUUAAAAUAUUUGAAACACUGUUAGAAACAUUACGAAAAUUUAGUGUAACAAGAGCAUGGUGCCCGAAAUCAUAUUAUAUAUUUGAAAAUGAUGGAAUUAUUAUGGAAAAUUUAAUGCGAAAAGGUUACAAAACGUUAAAUCAUCGUGAAUAUUUUACGUAUAAUCAAUUAAAAUCAUUUAUAAAAACAUUAGCUGCAUUUCAUAGUACAUCAAUUAUUUAUGAAGAAUUAACACGAAAAAAUACAAAUAUGAAAAAUUUUAAAUUAUCUGAUAAGUAUGCACAUUUUUUAGACGAAAGUGCUUAUCAUAAUGAACAGACACAUGUUCGUUCAAAAUGGCUAAUAAGCAACACCGAAGCGUUUUUAACAUGUGCAAAAGAUUUAAAGAUCAUAAAACCAGAAUACGAGCAACAAAUACGUAAUUUAUUAAUGGAUUUACCUGAUCGUAUGAAAUCUGCUAGAAAAUAUCGUGAAGUUAUGAAUCAUGGUGAUUUGUGGUGUAAUAACAUGAUGUUUUGUGGCGAUGAAAAAGAUGCUAAUAAUUUAAAAUGUUUAUUUGUUGAUUUUCAAUUUUGUCGUUAUUCGAGUCCUGCACAAGAUCUUAUGCUUACAUUAUACACAACGACAAAUCGUGAAUUUCGUACAAAAUACUAUGAACAUUUUGUAAAUAUGUACUACGAUGCAUUAACGACCGAAUUAAAAAUGUAUUCGUUAAAUAUUAACGAAUUAUAUUCAAAAAAUGAUUAUUUACAAUCAUGUAAAGAAUAUCAAAAAAUUGGUAUACUUGAAGCUACGUUAUUUACAAUGUUAGUAUUCUUUCGACCAGAAGACAUUGAUCACAUGUAUUUGAAUGAAAGCGAUUUUUGGAAAUUUAAUUUAGAUACAUUAGAGGAAAUUGUAAGGAAAUAUGAAAAGAAAUGGAAAGGGAAAUGGUACAGGUUGACGGAAAAUUAUUGA